AUGAACCACGAAAUCCCUGGCUAUUAUUAUGAUAAUGAGAAAAAAAAGUAUUUCAAGAUCGAAAAAACGCAUACGGCGCCCUCGUCGGCCGCCUGGUCUUCGGAUGCCGUGAAAAGGCGCAAAGUUGAGCACGAGGCUCAAAAACUCGCUGAACGCCAAGCGCACCAAGUAAAGAAACACAUUAAGCGCCAUUUUGUUGCCAGAGAUACAGUCACGUUCGCACUCCUUACGAGGGAGAUUGGUCUUCCCUAUGCCGCCGAGAGAGGCAGCGGUAGAGUAGAGGAUGAAGACCUUGGUGCUGCAGCGUGGGCAAGGGGCUCAGUAGCCAGAGGCAACGUCCCAUUUGCACCAACCUUUGCAAGAGAGCGACGUGCAAACAUGCCGUGCUUUUAUGUCUCUGGGGACGAUGAGAAGACGGGCCUAGGGGCUUCUUAUGCCACUUUGGAUGAGGAGACUUUGGUGGGAAGCUAUAUUCCUACAGAUGAGAAUGACGAGUUGAAUUCAUUUCUCACGAGAAGCACCCAUUUCUUCUGGCAGAACCCUAUCAUUCCGUACAGAGGCGCAAUUCUCUACCAGAGAGUCGCUGUCCCUCACGAGGGACGUGGUGAAUGGAUGGUUCACAAUAGCACGCCCGCCCCUUCAUCUUCGGACCUUAUUUGUGUUGCUAGCUCUAACAGAGGCCUCCUUAGAAUGCAUUCCGAGGGGAGUGUCUCGGUGGUUGCUCCAAGAGCCGUCCAAAAUGGUAUACAACUCCCACAAGAAACGUUCGCACAAGAUUUCCAAGAAGGGAACCACAACGUUGUGUUUGCUGGCGGGAGGCAACCCAGGCUUUGGAUAACAGAUCUUCGCGCCCCUGAACCACAAUGGUCGUUUGCGAAUCACGCAAGCUCCAUCUCCCAUAUCAAGAGUGUAAACCCACAUCAGGUGCUGGCAUCGGGAUUGAAGAGCUCGAUGGCUCUCUACGACGUACGCUAUCUAACAAGUGACCCUCGUGGAACAAAGCCACUGCUGUAUUUUAACGGGCACCGCAACGAGGCUCACUUUCACAUUGGUUGGGAUGUCAGCCCAGAGCUGAACGUCGUUGCUGCGGCCCAGGAGAAUGGGACUGUGAAGCUCUUUUCAUUGAAAUCAGGUUGUCAACUACGCUGUUCAGCUAUCGAAACUAUUCACGUUGAUUCGCCCGUCAAGGCGCUGAUGUUCCAGAGGAUGCCUCGGGAAAGAAUGCCCAGUCUUUUUGUCGGCGAAGGGCCUUUAUUAAGGAAGUUUUCUUUUGGAAUACGAGAAUGGGGUGAUGAGGCCUGA